AUGAGUCGCCAUAAGUAUAUAGACUACAUACGAGAAAAGUUUGCAAAAAUAGAGAAUAAUAUUGCUGAAAUGGACUAUCGUUGCAAUAUGUACGAAAGAAAAGUAGAAGAGAACCGAAUCACGGAAGAAAGAGACGUCGAACAUGUGAGGAAAUGCAUAAUGGAUCAGGAAUGGAGAGAUGACACGUUUCGAAUGAGUUUAAAGAAAUUGGAGAACCGGUUGAAGAACGAGACGGAUAAAAUAGAAUCGGAGAAAAGCGAGCAGCAAGCAAUGAUGAACUCAGUUAAUGCUGAACUUCGAUCAAUUCGUGAAGAUUUCUCUAGUUUUAAAAACUUGUUUUAUGAAAGUUAUAUGAUGAAUCUCGAAAAAAUCGAUGAAAACGUUUAUGAGAAGUUUCGAUGUCUGGAAACCAGUGUUGAGGAACUCAGAAUCAAAAGCCGGAACGAUUACAGCAAUGUUUCUUUAGAGAAUAAUUCCGUCGACUACUACUAUUUUGAUAACGAGAUGAAAGCUAUAUCUGAAUGGAUUACGAACCAAGAGUUGAGAGGCGAAGAAGUUCGAGAAGAACUCGAAGAAUUAAGAUUGGAAAUCGAGAAUCACAAAGAAGAUAUGAUUUCAAUUAAAUACGAACAACGCUCAGAUUCGCGAAAUCUUAAUUCUGAAAUUGAAGCGAUCUGUGAUACAGUUGCAGAUAUACAUAAUCAGAAUGAAAGCGAUAUGACUGUUCAAGAGAAAUUCAAUGAAGAUGUGAAAAGUGAUCUCAAUAAAAUCGGUGAUUUCAUUAAGCAGAUGAAUAAAAAACAACAGGAAUUCGAGAAAUCUGUCAACUUGAACGGAUGUUCGGGAUGUUCAGAAAUUGAAGAAAUGAGAGAGUGUUUGAUGAGGCAACUGGCUGAUAACCGAGAAAUGAAUCGAGCGAUCGACGAACUUCGAAAUGAAAUGAGAAGUCAAAAAGAGCUGACCGAAGCAGUUAAAAUAAAACAAGAGCUGUUCAAUCAAUCGGUACCGCUGGAAGUGAGAUCUCUUCGUAAAGAAGUCGAAGAAAGUCGGAGAAUCGGAAACCAUGCAGUUGCAGAACUUUUUGCGAUUCAUUUGGAAAUGGACGAAUUGAAACAAAAACACGAGAAAGAAAUUGAAAAACUGGAAUCCGAAAAUAUUCAACAACAAAAUCUCAUCGAUUCGCUUCGUUCGGAAAUUAAAAGUCUAAAUGAAGACUAUUCGCAAUUCGACGAAAAAAUUCGUGACGAGUUUCACUAUCAUCGCAGCGAUUUGAAAAAACUUAGCAGUACAUGUGACCAGGGACUCAAAGAGAGCUUGAAAAAAAUCAUAGGAGAAUGGAGACUUUCCGGAUCAAAAAAUGUGGAUGAAUUCGUCGAAAGAAACCAGGCAUACCCACAUGAAGUAUAUAAAGAGAACGCGAAAUUCGCUGUGGAUGGAGACUGGUUCAGAUCUUAUUUCUACAAUGGCAAAGAGUUUGUUCGAAUGAAACGGAAGAGACUCGGCAUUCUGGAAAGCAAUAUAAACUUUUGUUUCAUUGAGAAUAAUCAUAUUAAAUCGGUCGAAUUUCAUGGAGUUGACAAUAAAGUCACUGAAAAUGCGGAGAGAUGUUCGAGAUACAUGGUGGAUGAUCAGCUUGUUGUCGUUAACAGAAUGGGAGGAAUCGUCUGUAAACGCGUUUAUGACAAAAUCAAAUGA